UUUGAAGGUGUCUAUAACAAUUCCAGGAUGCUGCAUUUCCUGACGGCUGUGGUGGGUUCCACUUGUGAUGUAAAGGUGAAGAAUGGUACCACUUAUGAGGGCAUUUUCAAGACUCUGAGCUCAAAGUUUGAACUGGCAGUAGACGCAGUACACCGGAAAGCAUCUGAGCCAGCAGGCGGGCCUCGGCGGGAAGACAUUGUGGACACUAUGGUGUUUAAACCAAGUGAUGUGCUGCUUGUCCAUUUCCGAAAUGUUGACUUCAAUUAUGCUACUAAAGACAAGUUCACUGACUCGGCCAUUGCCAUGAACUCUAAGGUGAAUGGAGAGCACAAAGAGAAGGUGCUGCAGCGUUGGGAGGGCGGCGACAGCAACAGUGAUGACUAUGACCUGGAAUCCGAUAUGUCCAAUGGAUGGGAUCCCAAUGAGAUGUUCAAAUUUAAUGAGGAGAACUAUGGAGUGAAGACCACCUAUGACAGCAGUCUAUCUUCUUACACGGUUCCCUUGGAAAAGGACAACUCAGAAGAGUUUCGGCAGCGGGAGUUACGUGCAGCCCAGUUGGCUCGAGAGAUUGAGUCGAGUCCCCAGUACCGCCUACGGAUUGCCAUGGAAAAUGAUGAUGGGCGAACGGAGGAGGAGAAGCACAGUGCAGUUCAGCGGCAGGGUUCUGGGCGGGAGAGCCCCAGCUUGGUGUCCAGGGAGGGGAAGUAUAUCCCUCUGCCCCAACGAGUUCGGGAAGGUCCUCGGGGAGGAGUUCGAUGCAGCGGUUCUCGAGGAGGACGGCCUGGCCUUAGCUCUUUGCCACCUCGUGGCCCUCACCACCUUGAUAACAGCAGCCCUGGCCCUGGGUCUGAGGCCCGUGGUAUCAAUGGAGGCCCUUCCCGAAUGUCCCCCAAGGCGCAGCGGCCUCUGAGAGGUGCCAAGACUUUGUCUUCGCCCAACAGUAGGCCUUGUGGAGAAGCUUCCGUUCCUCCAGCACCUGCAGUGGGCCGGAUGUACCCUCCACGGUCUCCCAAGUCUGCUGCCCCCGCCCCAGUCUCAGCUUCCUGUCCUGAGCCUCCCAUUGGUUCAGCAGUAGUGUCCUCUGCCUCCAUCCCUGUGACAUCAUCAGUUGUGGAUCCUGGAGCAGGCUCUAUUUCCCCAGCGUCUCCCAAAAUUUCCCUGGCCCCCACAGAUGUAAAAGAACUCCCAACCAAGGAGCCCGGUAGGACUUUGGAGGCCCAAGAGCUGGCCCGGAUAGCUGGGAAAGUCCCUGGGCUUCAGAAUGAACAAAAACGAUUUCAGUUGGAAGAACUGAGGAAGUUUGGGGCCCAGUUUAAGCUUCAACCUAGUAGCUCCCCCGAGACCGGCCUGGAUCCAUUUCCUUCCCGGAUCUUAAAAGAAGAGGCCAAAGGAAAGGAGAAGGAGGUGGAUGGCCUAUUGACUUCAGAUCCCAUGGGAUCCCCAGUCUCCUCCAAGACAGAAUCCAUAUUGGAUAAGGAAGACAAACCACCCCUGGCAGCAGUAGGGGGCACUGAGGGGCCAGAGCAGCUCCCGCCAUCUUGCCCUAGCCAAACUGGCAGUCCCCCAGUGGGCCUCCUCAAGGGAGAUGACAAAGAGGAGGGCCCUGUUACUGAACAAGUAAAGAAGUCUACUUUGAACCCCAAUGCCAAGGACUCAGACUAUAGCUCCAACAGCAUUGUGAACAUCAACUAA